AUGAUCAUAGUGAACUCUCUUCCAAUGGAUUUAAUGGAUACAGGUACCGACAUUAUACCCAAUAUUAAUAACGGUGAAUUAAAAUAUAAUGAAGAAUUACUUACAGUUACUCAGGAGACGAAAAAUAUUAAAAUAAAAGAAGAGUUUAAUGAAGAGGAUAAUGAAAAUAAGGAUUUACAGAGAAAUAGCGAAAGCUACGAAAUUGUACAAAAGUUGACAGAAGCUGAAAAGGAGAGGAAUAGAGUAGCUUCUGAACAACUCAAAAUAAGUAAAAACAAACCAGGAAAACCAGAUGUAAAGGAAAUGAAGAAAAGGUCACAGACGAAGGUAGCACAGAACCGACUGAUGAACAAACAUGGAAUUAAGGAAGGCAUACAAGAAAACAAAAAAACAGAAGAAGAGAAAGAGGAAAACAACGACAAAAAACACGGCAACAAGAAACUCGAGCAAGGGAAAACAAAAACAAAACAACCCAGCAAGAAAAAAGAAAAAGAAAACAAGCGAGAGAAGAGGGAGAAAACAACGAAUCAAAUAAAAAGCACAAAUGUGCAACAAAAAAGUAAAAACGAAAUAGACAAAACAAAAAAUAAAAUAAAAAACGAAAUGAAAAGAAAAGAGCAAGAAAAAACAACCGAAGAAAACGGUGAAGACAAGGAAUUUAAACAAAAUACAAAUCAAGGGCAGAGCGUAAAAAAUAGAGCGAAAAAUGAGGAAAUACAAGAGAACAACAAAGAAAACAGAAAUACUGAUACGACUACGAAAGAAAACGAAGAGACUAAAGUAAAUGCGUCACAAUCCAAUCAUAAAAGCCAAGAACAGUUAUAUGGACAAAGUGAAAUUAUUGACGACGUGAAGGCAGAAAGGUGCUGGAGCGUGGAAAUUAAAAAGACAAGUAUAACGAGGGAGGAAAAACCACGUGAAGGCGAGAGAGUGUCGGUCGCAGUGAACAAGGACGGUGAGACUGUGACACAGAUAGUUGGUGAGGACAAGAUGGUAUCAGUUAGUGAGCAAGUGUUUGUGGACAACGAACUACAGGGUGCAUCACGAGCACCCGAUGUACGUUGGGAGUUAAAAAUCGAAGCGACGCCUGAGCCAAUCGACCAGACCAGCUUGGAUGUGGAAACCAACACGGUUCCGAUGCCGUCAUUGACUGAGGACAGACUGCAGCCGGGUUCUGUGUCGGAUGCUGUACAGUCAGUGGGCCCACAUGAGGAGACAGGUUCACACGGAAACAACUCUGUCGGUCCGGAUGACAACAAGGAUGGUGAGGAAAAUGUGUCACAAUCCGGUCGAACGAGUCAUGUAGAUUUUGGUGGACACAACACUGUUAGUGACAGUGGAGAUGUGGAUGAGCGUCGGAGUGUGGAUAAUAAUGUGACGAGUGUGACGAAGGAGGAGAAACCACGUGAAGGCGAGAGAGUGUCGGUCGCAGUGAACAAGGACGGUGAGACUGUGACACAGAUAGUUGGUGAGGACAAGAUGGUAUCAGUUAGUGAGCAAGUGUUUGUGGACAACGAACUACAGGGUGCAUCACGAGCACCCGAUGUACGUUGGGAGUUAAAAAUCGAAGCGACGCCUGAGCCAAUCGACCAGACCAGCUUGGAUGUGGAAACCCACACGGUUCGGAUGCCGUCAUUGACUGAAGACAGACUGCAGCCGGGUUCUGUGUCGGAUGCUGUACAGUCAGUGGGCCCACAUGAGGAGACAGGUUCACACGGAAACAACUCUGUCGGUCCGGAUGACAACAAGGAUGGUGAGGAAAAUGUGUCACAAUCCGGUCGAACGAGUCAUGUAGAUUUUGGUGGACACAACACUGUUAGUGACAGUGGAGAUGUGGAUGAGCGUCGGAGUGUGGAUAAUAAUGUGACGAGUGUGACGAAGGAGGAGAAACCACGUGAAGGCGAGAGAGUGUCGGUCGCAGUGAACAAGGACGGUGAGACUGUGACACAGAUAGUUGGUGAGGACAAGAUGGUAUCAGUUAGUGAGCAAGUGUUUGUGGACAACGAACUACAGGGUGCAUCACGAGCACCCGAUGUACGUUGGGAGUUAAAAAUCGAAGCGACGCCUGAGCCAAUCGACCAGACCAGCUUGGAUGUGGAAACCCACACGGUUCGGAUGCCGUCAUUGACUGAAGACAGACUGCAGCCGGGUUCUGUGUCGGAUGCUGUACAGUCAGUGGGCCCACAUGAGGAGACAGGUUCACACGGAAACAACUCUGUCAGUCCGGAUGACAACAAGGAUGGUGAGGAAAAUGUGUCACAAUCCGGUCGAACGAGUCAUGUAGAUUUUGGUGGACACAACACUGUUAGUGACAGUGGAGAUGUGGAUGAGCGUCGGAGUGUGGAUAAUAAUGUGACGAGUGUGACGAAGGAGGAGAAACCACGUGAAGGCGAGAGAGUGUCGGUCGCAGUGAACAAGGACGGUGAGACUGUGACACAGAUAGUUGGUGAGGACAAGAUGGUAUCAGUUAGUGAGCAAGUGUUUGUGGACAACGAACUACAGGGUGCAUCACGAGCACCCGAUGUACGUUGGGAGUUAAAAAUUGAAGCGACGCCUGAGCCAAUCGACCAGACCAGCUUGGAUGUGGAAACCCACACGGUUCGGAUGCCGUCAUUGACUGAAGACAGACUGCAGCCGGGUUCUGUGUCGGAUGCUGUACAGUCAGUGGGCCCACAUGAGGAGACAGGUUCACACGGAAACAACUCUGUCGGUCCGGAUGACAACAAGGAUGGUGAGGAAAAUGUGUCACAAUCCGGUCGAACGAGUCAUGUAGAUUUUGGUGGACACAACACUGUUAGUGACAGUGGAGAUGUGGAUGAGCGUCGGAGUGUGGAUAAUAAUGUGACGAGUGUGACGAAGGAGGAGAAACCACGUGAAGGCGAGAGAGUGUCGGUCGCAGUGAACAAGGACGGUGAGACUGUGACACAGAUAGUUGGUGAGGACAAGAUGGUAUCAGUUAGUGAGCAAGUGUUUGUGGACAACGAACUACAGGGUGCAUCACGAGCACCCGAUGUACGUUGGGAGUUAAAAAUCGAAGCGACGCCUGAGCCAAUCGACCAGACCAGCUUGGAUGUGGAAACCCACACGGUUCGGAUGCCGUCAUUGACUGAAGACAGACUGCAGCCGGGUUCUGUGUCGGACGCUGUACAGUCAGUGGGCCCACAUGAGGAGACAGGUUCACACGGAAACAACUCUGUCGGUCCGGAUGACAACAAGGAUGGUGAGGAAAAUGUGUCACAAUCCGGUCGAACGAGUCAUGUAGAUUUUGGUGGACACAACACUGUUAGUGACAGUGGAGAUGUGGAUGAGCGUCGGAGUGUGGAUAAUAAUGUGACGAGUGUGACGAAGGAGGAGAAACCACGUGAAGGCGAGAGAGUGUCGGUCGCAGUGAACAAGGACGGUGAGACUGUGACACAGAUAGUUGGUGAGGACAAGAUGGUAUCAGUUAGUGAGCAAGUGUUUGUGGACAACGAACUACAGGGUGCAUCACGAGCACCCGAUGUACGUUGGGAGUUAAAAAUCGAAGCGACGCCUGAGCCAAUCGACCAGACCAGCUUGGAUGUGGAAACCCACACGGUUCGGAUGCCGUCAUUGACUGAAGACAGACUGCAGCCGGGUUCUGUGUCGGACGCUGUACAGUCAGUGGGCCCACAUGAGGAGACAGGUUCACACGGAAACAACUCUGUCGGUCCGGAUGACAACAAGGAUGGUGAGGAAAAUGUGUCACAAUCCGGUCGAACGAGUCAUGUAGAUUUUGGUGGACACAACACUGUUAGUGACAGUGGAGAUGUGGAUGAGCGUCGGAGUGUGGAUAAUAAUGUGACGAGUGUGACGAAGGAGGAGAAACCACGUGAAGGCGAGAGAGUGUCGGUCGCAGUGAACAAGGACGGUGAGACUGUGACACAGAUAGUUGGUGAGGACAAGAUGGUAUCAGUUAGUGAGCAAGUGUUUGUGGACAACGAACUACAGGGUGCAUCACGAGCACCCGAUGUACGUUGGGAGUUAAAAAUCGAAGCGACGCCUGAGCCAAUCGACCAGACCAGCUUGGAUGUGGAAACCAACACGGUUCCGAUGCCGUCAUUGACUGAGGACAGACUGCAGCCGGGUUCUGUGUCGGAUGCUGUACAGUCAGUGGGCCCACAUGAGGAGACAGGUUCACACGGAAACAACUCUGUCGGUCCGGAUGACAACAAGGAUGGUGAGGAAAAUGUGUCACAAUCCGGUCGAACGAGUCAUGUAGAUUUUGGUGGACACAACACUGUUAGUGACAGUGGAGAUGUGGAUGAGCGUCGGAGUGUGGAUAAUAAUGUGACGAGUGUGACGAAGGAGGAGAAACCACGUGAAGGCGAGAGAGUGUCGGUCGCAGUGAACAAGGACGGUGAGACUGUGACACAGAUAGUUGGUGAGGACAAGAUGGUAUCAGUUAGUGAGCAAGUGUUUGUGGACAACGAACUACAGGGUGCAUCACGAGCACCCGAUGUACGUUGGGAGUUAAAAAUCGAAGCGACGCCUGAGCCAAUCGACCAGACCAGCUUGGAUGUGGAAACCCACACGGUUCGGAUGCCGUCAUUGACUGAAGACAGACUGCAGCCGGGUUCUGUGUCGGAUGCUGUACAGUCAGUGGGCCCACAUGAGGAGACAGGUUCACACGGAAACAACUCUGUCGGUCCGGAUGACAACAAGGAUGGUGAGGAAAAUAUGUCACAAUCCGGUCGAACGAGUCAUGUAGAUUUUGGUGGACACAACACUGUUAGUGACAGUGGAGAUGUGGAUGAGCGUCGGAGUGUGGAUAAUAAUGUGACGAGUGUGACGAAGGAGGAGAAACCACGUGAAGGCGAGAGAGUGUCGGUCGCAGUGAACAAGGACGGUGAUACUGUGACACAGAUAGUUGGUGAGGACAAGAUGGUAUCAGUUAGUGAGCAAGUGUUUGUGGACAACGAACUACAGGGUGCAUCACGAGCACCCGAUGUACGUUGGGAGUUAAAAAUUGAAGCGACGCCUGAGCCAAUCGACCAGACCAGCUUGGAUGUGGAAACCCACACGGUUCGGAUGCCGUCAUUGACUGAAGACAGACUGCAGCCGGGUUCUGUGUCGGAUGCUGUACAGUCAGUGGGCCCACAUGAGGAGACAGGUUCACACGGAAACAACUCUGUCGGUCCGGAUGACAACAAGGAUGGUGAGGAAAAUGUGUCACAAUCCGGUCGAACGAGUCAUGUAGAUUUUGGUGGACACAACACUGUUAGUGACAGUGGAGAUGUGGAUGAGCGUCGGAGUGUGGAUAAUAAUGUGACGAGUGUGACGAAGGAGGAGAAACCACGUGAAGGCGAGAGAGUGUCGGUCGCAGUGAACAAGGACGGUGAGACUGUGACACAGAUAGUUGGUGAGGACAAGAUGGUAUCAGUUAGUGAGCAAGUGUUUGUGGACAACGAACUACAGGGUGCAUCACGAGCACCCGAUGUACGUUGGGAGUUAAAAAUCGAAGCGACGCCUGAGCCAAUCGACCAGACCAGCUUGGAUGUGGAAACCCACACGGUUCCGAUGCCGUCAUUGACUGAAGACAGACUGCAGCCGGGUUCUGUGUCGGAUGCUGUACAGUCAGUGGGCCCACAUGAGGAGACAGGUUCACACGGAAACAACUCUGUCGGUCCGGAUGACAACAAGGAUGGUGAGGAAAAUAUGUCACAAUCCGGUCGAACGAGUCAUGUAGAUUUUGGUGGACACAACACUGUUAGUGACAGUGGAGAUGUGGAUGAGCGUCGGAGUGUGGAUAAUAAUGUGACGAGUGUGACGAAGGAGGAGAAACCACGUGAAGGCGAGAGAGUGUCGGUCGCAGUGAACAAGGACGGUGAGACUGUGACACAGAUAGUUGGUGAGGACAAGAUGGUAUCAGUUAGUGAGCAAGUGUUUGUGGACAACGAACUACAGGGUGCAUCACGAGCACCCGAUGUACGUUGGGAGUUAAAAAUUGAAGCGACGCCUGAGCCAAUCGACCAGACCAGCUUGGAUGUGGAAACCCACACGGUUCGGAUGCCGUCAUUGACUGAAGACAGACUGCAGCCGGGUUCUGUGUCGGAUGCUGUACAGUCAGUGGGCCCACAUGAGGAGACAGGUUCACACGGAAACAACUCUGUCGGUCCGGAUGACAACAAGGAUGGUGAGGAAAAUGUGUCACAAUCCGGUCGAACGAGUCAUGUAGAUUUUGGUGGACACAACACUGUUAGUGACAGUGGAGAUGUGGAUGAGCGUCGGAGUGUGGAUAAUAAUGUGACGAGUGUGACGAAGGAGGAGAAACCACGUGAAGGCGAGAGAGUGUCGGUCGCAGUGAACAAGGACGGUGAGACUGUGACACAGAUAGUUGGUGAGGACAAGAUGGUAUCAGUUAGUGAGCAAGUGUUUGUGGACAACGAACUACAGGGUGCAUCACGAGCACCCGAUGUACGUUGGGAGUUAAAAAUCGAAGCGACGCCUGAGCCAAUCGACCAGACCAGCUUGGAUGUGGAAACCCACACGGUUCCGAUGCCGUCAUUGACUGAAGACAGACUGCAGCCGGGUUCUGUGUCGGACGCUGUACAGUCAGUGGGCCCACAUGAGGAGACAGGUUCACACGGAAACAACUCUGUCGGUCCGGAUGACAACAAGGAUGGUGAGGAAAAUGUGUCACAAUCCGGUCGAACGAGUCAUGUAGAUUUUGGUGGACACAACACUGUUAGUGACAGUGGAGAUGUGGAUGAGCGUCGGAGUGUGGAUAAUAAUGUGACGAGUGUGACGAAGGAGGAGAAACCACGUGAAGGCGAGAGAGUGUCGGUCGCAGUGAACAAGGACGGUGAGACUGUGACACAGAUAGUUGGUGAGGACAAGAUGGUAUCAGUUAGUGAGCAAGUGUUUGUGGACAACGAACUACAGGGUGCAUCACGAGCACCCGAUGUACGUUGGGAGUUAAAAAUCGAAGCGACGCCUGAGCCAAUCGACCAGACCAGCUUGGAUGUGGAAACCCACACGGUUCGGAUGCCGUCAUUGACUGAAGACAGACUGCAGCCGGGUUCUGUGUCGGAUGCUGUACAGUCAGUGGGCCCACAUGAGGAGACAGGUUCACACGGAAACAACUCUGUCGGUCCGGAUGACAACAAGGAUGGUGAGGAAAAUGUGUCACAAUCCAAUCGAACCGAUAUUAAUAUUUUGGAGGGACAUAUCUCGGGUUUUCUUACUAAUGAUAUAAAUGAUGGAUUAUGUUUCAUUAUUUUCAAUCCCGUAUGUUUUUGUAGUGGUGUUGGUGUUCGGUGUUCUUCUGAUUGA